AUGAUCCUUCUCCUGGGGCUCCUAGUUUCCCUCACGGGAAUACGUGCUCAGUCUGAUGGUGAACUGUUUCCUCCAUACCAGCCGCCUACGCUAGAUCAGCAACCGCCUCCAAGACCCGGCCAGCCUCAACCUCCAAGACCUCCACCACCACCGCCUCCAGGACCUGGUAAUCCUCCAAGACCACCACCACCUCCUCCACCCGGAGGCAGCCCAUAUCCGCCACCAGGAGGUAGCUCACCACGAACACCACCACCACCGCCACCUGUAGAUGUUCCAUACGAUUACUAUGACCAAGGAACACCACCAGCUCCACCUCAAUGUACACCUAAUCCGACACCAUGCAUGUGCCCGCCAUCAGACCAGCCUCCGUCGCCACGACCGCCACUGACGACUCCACCUUAUUUGCCACCAGGAACUCGUAGCACACCACCACCCACUCGACCGAGCCCUCCUGGUACACCGCCGAUCACAACCACGCAAUAUGAGCCUACAAGGACACCAGCAACAACUACGUAUCCCACACCUUCGCCCACUCGCAGCACACCACCGGUCACAACCACACCAUACGUGACUACACGGACACCGGGAACAAGUCCCACGUAUCCUACAGUUCCACCAACUCGCACCAAUCCUCCGACACCACCGGUCACAACCACACCAUACGUGACUACACGGACACCGGGAACAAAUCCCACGUAUCCUACAGUUCCACCAACUCGCACCAAUCCUCCGGUCACAACCACCCCGUACGGGCCUACAAGGACACCGAUUCCCGAUCUGCCUCCAGUCGUUCCUGACUUGCCAACCAAUGAGGAUGUGCAGAAUGCAGUCGACACUUGCGCAGCUACUCUGGAUACCAUGGUAAACGACAACCGCAACAGAAGGAACACUCAGCUGUUCAGAAACGAGAAAGGAGUUUCUCCUGAGAACUAG